GGCCCUACUCAUGUCUUCCCUCGAACAUAGAAUGAGUCUUUUGCGCUCGUCACUUUUGUAUUUAGAUAAACAUAAGGAAUUCGAAAAUAUAAAAAAAGAAGCUGCUGAAAAUAAAGGGUGCUUUGUUUAUACUUUCAACAUAAACAUAGAUCUUGGAUAUAUCUUUGACCAAGAUGUUUCUUUGGGACAUAGUAUACUUACAUCACCACUUGACAGUUCUAGUUUAUUUCAAGAAAUUAUUUAUCACUACUGCCUGGGUCACCAACUACUUCCAGCUGAGACGACUUCUACACAGAUCUGUGCUAGGCUAAAAAUUACAAAUUUUCCUUCUUGUGGGAUGCAAGUCUUCAAUAUAUCCGAUUUAACCAAAUAUAUUAAUUACACUGGACUUAUCAAGCUAGUUGGUGUAGUAGCUGGUAUCUCUGGCAGUGCAAAAUAUACACAGAGCACAAAGUACAUUUGUGCUGUUACUACAUGCCCUGGACAUGCGGGGAAUCACUUCAUUCGUAUGCACAUAUCAGGAGCUUCUGAAACUCAAACAAUUCGAAAUGAUUUUAUUUGCAAUUUCUGUGGAGAAAUCUUGGAGGAAGUAAAAUCAUUGCGUAAUUUAUCUGUUAAAAUUGUUGUAGAGGUCAUCCCAGUUCAUCAGAACGGACUAGGGAAAGAAGAAAUAAUUGAAAAAGGUAGAAAGCAAGCAUUAACAGUCUAUGUAAGAGAUGAAUUGGUGGAUGUCAUAGAGCUUGGCAAACCCUAUGAGUUUAUAGGCACCAUCAGAACUGACAGAGUUGGAGAUGAUACACUCAUUACUGUUGAGGCGAACAAUAUUUCUAAGCUUCAGGUACAUACCGUGCACAGUGUAGGAACUAUUCCUCCGUCCCUUCAAGAACUUUUUGAAGGUUGUAAGAAAUCACCUUGGAGUUGGCCUAUCAAUCUGGCUAACAGGUUUGGAGACAGAUUGGUUUCUGGUGGAUGCCUAAUAAAGUUGCGUUUAGUUUUGUUAAUAAGUCUUGUGCUCAAUCCAGAGACUCACUUGCUUCACAUUUUAGGGAUUGGAAAAGAAACUGGUGUAUUUACAUACUUGAUAGAAUAUGCUCAAAAGUUUUCCAGGCGAAGUUUCCCUGCUGUCUGUACAACUUCAUUAAGUGGAAAAGUGAUUACUGAUAAAUUUACAUGGGCUCCUUAUUUUCUUGAAAGUGGCUCAUUGCUUCUUUCAAAUGGUGGUGUUUGUUCAUUAGGAGAUGUAAGCACAUGGAAGAAAAUAAAAAGAGAACAACUGCAGGCAGUCCUGGUGGGAAAUAAAAUUUAUCUGGAUCUCCCAUCAAAGCAUACUGGUGGAUUGGCGCAGCAGCUGACCUUUCCACUCCAGUGUCAAGUCUGGGGUGUAUAUGACCCAACAGGUUCAGGUGUCAAGGCCAGUCCUCAAAAGGAUGUCUUCAUGGGGAGUUGUAGUACUGGUGACCUACCAAAGGGUUUUCUAGAUGCUUUCAACUACAUUUCUUUCCUGGACUCCUUUGAUUCAUCAACAGAUGUUGAAAUCUAUCAUGAUAUGACUACUCACACUCUCUCAACCUGGUGUAAUGCUUAUGAAGAUUAUUAUAAAAGUAGCAUGUUUGAGGAUUUGGAAAAAUUCUUGUCCAUUGCCAAAAAAGUGGAGACUAAAGUUAGUCCUGAAGCUGAGAGUUUGCUACAAAACUACUACACAGCUAGCAGAAUGGCCCGGUGUUCAGGUUUUGGUGGCUCUGAUGUUCCUUCUUCAGCUCUGCAUUCAUUAAUUUCUUUAGCAACUGGAUUUGCCAAACUCAAGCUGCAGGCAGUAGUCAGUGAAUGUGAUGCUUUGAUGGCAGUUUAUUUGUAUGAGGAAAGUUUGACCAUGAGAUAUGGAUUAUCUGUGUUGAGUAUUCAUCCUCAAGUAAAUGUACCGGUCAGCAGACUUAGUGAGCUCUUAGGCCAAGAGAAUGAUGUUUUAAUGCAGCGCUUUCAUGUACAGCUUUUAAAAUUCUGCUCACACGCCAUUGAUAGUCGUUCAACCCAGAGAGAAGAAUAAUUUUUCAAUGUUUUAACUUUGUUUCUAUAUCCAUAAAAUAACUUGUAACAAUAUGAUUUGUAAUACUUAAAAAAUGUAAACUGUAUAGAUUUUUGUUUGCUUUAUUGUAAAGGCAAAAAAUGCUGCAUUUCUUUUGCUAAGAAAGUUUUCAAUAUCAUUCUAUUUCGUUUGGUUUGGUUAUACUAAGAAAGUUGUGAAUAUCAUUCUACUAUUUUGUAAUGUUUGGUUAAUGUGAUAAUUAUUUAUUUGGUGUUUGACACCGUACAGUUUUGUUAGUUACAGCUUGAGGAUAGUAUUUUA